CUCAAGGAUUAGCAGCCUAAAUGGUCAGGAAAGUCCAGUCCAAGCUAGUCAGGGAAGAGAUCAUGGCCAAGAAGAGGAUUGCUGUGAUUGGAGCUGGAGUCUGUGGCCUAGGGGCUAUCAAGUGCUGCUUGGAUGAAGACCUGGAGCCCACUUGCUUUGAAAGGAAUGAUGAUAUUGGAGGACUCUGGAAAUUCCAAAAAAAUACUGCCGAGAAACUGCCCAGUAUCUACAGGUCUUUGACCAUCAAUACAUCCAAGGAGAUGAUGUGUUACAGUGACUUUCCCAUCCCAGACCAUUUUCCCAACUACAUGCACAACUCCAAAGUCAUGGAAUACUUCUGGAUGUAUGCUAGACACUUUGACCUCCUGAAAUAUAUCCGCUUUAAGUCCAAGGUGCAAAGUGUAAGGAAACGCCCAGAUUUUUCUUCUUCUGGUCAAUGGGAUGUGGUUGUGGAGACUGAUGAGAAACAGGAGUCCUUUGUCUUCGAUGGGAUUCUGGUUUGCAGUGGCCAUCAUACUGAUCCCAACUUCCCUCUUGAGUCUUUCCCAGGCAUUGAAAAGUUCAAAGGUUACUAUUUCCACAGCCGGGAGUACAAAAGUCCAGAAGAAUUUUUAGGAAAGAGAAUCAUUGUCAUUGGUAUUGGGAAUUCUGGAGCAGAUAUUGCAGUGGAACUCAGUCGUGGAGCAAAACAGGUCUUCCUUAGCACGAGACAUGGAUCAUGGAUAUUACAUCGUGUUUGGGACAAUGGCUACCCAAUGGACAGCUCAUUCUUCACUCGGUUCAAUACUUUGCUUUGGAAAAUAUUAAGUUCUAGUAUAGUUAACAGUCAUUUGGAGAAGACCUUGAAUUCAAGAUUUAACCAUGCCCACUAUGGUCUGCAACCUCAGCACAGAUUUUUAAGCCAGCAUCCAACUGUCAGUGAUGACCUGCCAAAUCACAUAAUUUCUGGUAAAGUCUUGGUGAAGCCAAACAUAAAGGAAUUCACUGAGACAGGUGUCAUUUUUGAGGAUGACACCGAAGAAGAGAACAUCGAUGUGGUCAUUUUUGCUACAGGAUACAAAAUUAGUUUUCCUUUCCUUGAAGAUCUCAUCAGAGUCACCAAUAAUGAGGUGUCCCUCUAUAAGCUUAUGUUUCCACCUGACCUGGAACAGCCAACACUAGCAGUCAUUGGCCUCAUCCAACCCCUAGGAAUUGUCCUACCCAUCGCAGAGCUCCAGAGUCGCUGGGCUACACGAGUGUUCAAGGGGCUGAACAAAUUACCUUCUAUGAAGAAUAUGAUGACUGACAUCACACAGAGAAAGACAGCUAUGGAAAAACGGUAUGUGAAGAGUCCCCGCCAUACAAUCCAAGUGGAUCAUAUUGAGUACAUGGAUGAAAUUGCCACCCAAGUUGGUGUGAAACCCAACCUUCUGUGGCUCUUCCUAUGGGAUCCCAAACUAGCCUGGAAGGUUUUCUUUGGUCCCUGCACUCCCUACCAGUACCGUCUGCAGGGACCUAGGAAAUGGGAUGGUGCCAGAAGAGCCAUACUGACUCAGAUGGAGAGAAUACUCAAACCCAUGAAAACCCGCUCUGUCAAUACUGAGAAAAAUCCAUGUUCAGAACUUUCUUGGGUUAAGAUGGCACCUAUUGGCUUUGUAGCUUUGGCCAGUAUCUUAUCUUACUAUCGUUAUAUCUAUCAUCCUAAAAGGAAGUAAAUUAAUGUGUUAAUGAAUAGUAAAACAUAAAAUCAUUUCUAUACCUCCUGAUUUU